CUGUUGGACGGUAUCAUUCAUUAAGAGUACCAUCCCUGUAUCAAGUUAGCCGCUCAUUAGCAGAGCUCACUGCUCCGAGGCAGGCUACAACGGUGCAGGCAGCCAUGGCUGCCCAGGAACCAGACGCAGCAACGCACGGUCAGAGAGGUUGGGAAAUGUUCCGGAGCUGGGGAUCUCCCAGAUAUUUUGUUGCACCGAUGGUUGAUCAGUCGGAGCUGGCCUUCCGCAUGCUCUGCAGAAGGCACGGCGCCACUGCAGCGUACACUCCUAUGCUACAUAGUCGUCUCUUCCUGCAAGACCCCAACUACCGAGCAGAGCACUUCAGCACUUGUGAAGGAGACAGGCCUCUGAUGGUGCAGUUCUGUGCAAAUGAUCCGGAGACGCUGCUUGCUGCUGCACGCAUUGUGGAGCCACAUGCUGAUGCCAUAGACCUGAACCUGGGCUGCCCACAGCGCAUCGCCAGGAGGGGCCGCUAUGGGGCGUUCCUGAUGGAUGAUCUGCCGCUGGUGGAGAGGAUAGUGCGGACGUGCGCGGAGGGUCUGAGCGUGCCGGUGACGGUGAAGAUCCGAGUGUUCCCUGACCGCCAGAAGACGGUGGAAUAUGCGCGCAUGCUGGAGCGGGCCGGGGCCAGCCUCAUUGCUGUGCACGGGCGGCUGAGGGAGCAGAAGAAGUCCAACGGCCCUGAUGCCGACUGGGAUGCCAUUAAGGCGGUGGUGGAGGCGGUGGGAGUCCCAGUGCUGGCCAAUGGAAACAUCCGGACGCUGGCGGACGUCCACGCGUGCAUGGCAUACACGGGGGCGGUGGGCGUGCUGUCGGCCGAGUCGCUAUUGGAGGACCCGGCGCUGUUCUCGCCGCGGCGGCUGCAGCCCGGGGGCGCCUUUGGGGGUGCCCAGGGCGCGCAUCUGCUGCUGGAGUACCUGGACCUGGUGGACGCCCACCCAUGCCCCAUGCGCAUGGUCACCGGGCACGCCUUCAGGAUGCUCGGGGCAUGGCUGUCAGAGUUCACGGAUCUCCGCGACCGGCUCAAUCAGCAGCACAAGGAGUUUGGUGUGGAGGAUAUCAGGGAGAUAGCGCAGGACGUGAUCAGCAGAAUAGAGGGGCUGGGGCGCGACUACCCUGUGCCCAAGCUGUCUGAGCGGGCUCUUGCGCGCAUGGAGAGGGAAGCUGCCAUGGCAGCGGCCAUAGCAGAGCAGAACAGAGAGGAGUCUUCUUUGCAGCGGAUUGCAGCGAACAGGGCAGAAAGUCUAGGGAAUGUAGAGGCUCGCCGAGUGCUUCAGGCCGCGGCAUGACAUCGUGAUGAUGAUGAUUGAAAGGCAGAUGACAUGAUGCCUGAGAAUUCUCGACAGGAGUCCUCAGGCUGACUUUUACCUCCGAGUCGACGGUUCACCCACUUGAACCGGUUGACCGGCAGCCUGAAUGCUUGCAGCACUUGUGCGCUGGCACAAAUUUUUGUUGGAUUGUAAUUACACUGUUCU